AUGUCGCUGAAUGUCACUGGAGCUUUCAGCAACAUCAACGCCGUGCAGCGUCUAAAUGCAGAAGAACUGCGCCUAGGAAUCAGCGGAGAGGCGUCUUGGCAUCAUCAGUACCGGGAUUCUUGUUAUAUAUAUAUUAGAGUGCCCAGAGGCUUCGGCUUCCUUGGCUAUGAAGAUCAGCGCUCUACUAUACUCGCUGUAGAUAAUGCUAAUGGAAUGAAGCUGCUGCAGCGAACACUUCGUGUAGACCACUGCAAAGACUUCAGACCCCCAAAUACAGGCAAAGAAGGCGAAGGCGAGACUUAUCAGCCUACAGGAGCAGAAGGCGCAGGAAUAGGAAAGUAUUUGGUAACUAAGAGAGAAGCUGCCCUGCACAAGGCCCGCAUGCAGCAGCAGAAGCUGCAGCAGCAGCGGCAGCAGCAAGCGAUAGCGCGCGCAGCUGAAGGCGCCAAAGACGUAGACGAAAUGUGGGCAGAAGAAUUUGAAUUAAUGAUUUCAAACCUGAAUGCCACAGCGCAGGCAGAAGUAGAUGCGCUGGAGCGCGAAGACAAACGACUUAGAAAGAAAUUGAAGAAGGAGAAGAAGCGGCUGAAGAAAGAAACAAAGAAACAAAAAAACAAACAACGUCAUAGACGCAGCAGCAGCAACAGCAGCAACAGCAGCAGCAGCAGCAACAGCAGCGCCAAACACUCCCAGCACAGCCGCUCCAACUCCGCUGCAGCACCAGAGCAGCACCAGCAGCAGCAGCAGCGUGAAAUAAAGUCAAGAGACCGCAGCAGCAGCGCAACAGACAGAGGCAGCACAACACCAGACAUGCAGCGAGAAAGCAGCAGCAGCAGCAGCAGCAGCAAGGGGGAUCGAUAUGCAGAGAGCAGCAGCAGGAGAGAACGGCACGAAGGCAGCAGCAGCAGCAGCAGCAGCAGCAGCAGGAGAGAACGGCACGAAGGCAGCAGCAGCAAGGGAGACCGAUACGCAGACAGCAGCAGCAGAGGCGAUCGGCAUGAAGGCAGCAGCAGCAGCAGCAGCAAGGGAGACCGAUAUGCAGACAGCAGCAGCAGAAGCGAUCGGCACGAAGGCAGCAGCAGCAGCAGCAGGACGGCGGAUCGGCAUGAUAUCGGCACCAGCAGCAGGAGGGACCGGCACGAAGGUAGCAGCAGCAGCAGCAGCAGCAGGAGAGAACGGCACGAAGGUAGCAGCAGCAGCAGCAGCAGCAGCAGGAGAGAACGGCACGAAGGUAGCAGCAGCAGCAGCAGCAGGAGGGACCGAGACGAAGGUAGCAGCAGCAGCAGAAGAGACAAGCAUGCGGACGGCAGCAGCAACAGCAGCAGCAGCAGAGAGUGUGGGGUUUUGAAUGGAGAGGCAGCAAAGAGAGAGAAGGAGAGACAGCGAGAAGAGAGAAAGCAUCUUGGUAGCCGCAGCAGCAACCGCAGCAGAAGCAGAAGCAGAGAGGCUCUGCUGCUGCGCUGA